GACAAGAACAUUAUCUGUUUGUAAUAAUUUGUAGGAUUACUUGGUUUUGCUCCCUCUAAACUCUACAAAUAAUUUGGCUCCUUCAUUUUAAGCUUUGCCUAUUGAGAUGAAAUUUUCAUCUAAGUAAUUUAAGGAAUGGAUUGUGGCCGUCUACAUUCCCGAUUCAGUACCAAAGUUCUAGUGCAUAGCAAAGGGGCAAGUCAACCACCUAACUUCAGAAAUUUGAGAUGCAAUUCCCAGCAUAAUCUAAGUUCACUUGAUUCUUUGAAGCAAAGUUGCAGUGGGUUGGCACUUACAUUGAAGCUUGGAAGUCCAUCAGAGAAGUUAAUAUGUCGUAUCCAAGCUGUUCGUAUUAGAUCCGAUCAUCCACAAAAUGCAGAUUUGCCUCGUUACUAUUCAAGGAAGGAGAAGAAGCCCUUCCCGAUACCUAUUGUGGAGCUACGGAGAGCUGCCAGGGAUAGAAUGAAAAAUCGAUUACCUAAAAGACGUGUACCUCCACCGAAAAUCGGACUGGUUAUCAAAAGCCUAGUUCCUCUCGCGUACAGUGUGUAUAACGCACGGAUAACAGUGAUUAACAAUCUCAAGCGACUCAUGAAAGUGGUAGCUGUUAAUGGCUGCAAGUGGUGUAAUGAAAUCCAUGUGGGACCUGUUGGGCAUCCGUUCAAGUCAUGUAGAGGAUCACAAGCUUCGCAACGCAAAGGACAUCACGAGUGGGGAAAGGCAGUUCUUGAAGACAUCAUAGUGCCACUUGAAUCCUACCAUCUAUACGAUCGCCUAGGGAAACGAAUUUCACACGAGGAGAGAUUUUCUAUCGCUCGAGUCCCUGCAGUAGUUGAGCUUUGUAUCCAAGCAGGCGUUGAUAUACCUGAAUAUCCUACAAAAAGGAGAAGAAAGCCAAUCAUAUGGACCGGAAAAAAUGAAUUUGUCGAUGCAGAUGAAAGCGAUUUGCCUGAUCCCGAACCAGAAUCUCCAAAGCCACCAAUUUUAACCGAAAUACCUGAUGCAGAGGUAGAACCACCAUCAAAUGCCGAAGAAACGAUAUUACUAGCUGAAGAAACACUCUUAGCGUGGGAAAAAAUGAGGGCCGGAGCCAAUAAGCUAAUGAAGAUGUAUCCGGUGAGAGUUUGCGGAUACUGUCCGGAGGUGCACGUUGGUCCAAGCGGACACAAAGCACAAAACUGUGGAGCCCACAAGCACCAACAACGGAACGGGCAACACGGUUGGCAGACAGCAGUGCUGGACGACUUAAUACCGCCAAGGUACGUGUGGCACGUUCCCGAUGUAACUCAACCGUUGCAACGGGAGCUUCGGAACUUUUACGGUCAAGCUCCUGCAGUGGUAGAAAUAUGUGUACAGGCUGGCUCUGAAGUCCCUGAGCAAUACAAGCCAACUAUGAGGUUUGAUGUGGGGAUUCCUAGCAGUAUUAAAGAAGCAGAAAUGGUUGUUUGAUUGGUAGUGGUUUCAUUAAUUUGAUCUUCCCAUUUGUAAAGAAUGACUUUUAAGGAAUGUGGAAUUGAUCCUAUAAGAAUUACUUGUUGAGUUAUUGCUGCAUAAUUAAUUGACACAGCAGUAAGCUGGAGUAAUUUUCACUGUAA